AUGAUUGCGUGCGCACUCGCCGUAGCUGUUGCUACUGUUUCCGCUGGUGCCAUAAAUGUGGUUCCAGUCGUUGAUAAAAUUGAUUACCCCCGCUACGCGUACAACUACGCUGUCAGCGACCCGAUAACAAAAGACAACAAGGCUCAAUGGGAGACUAGAGACGGAGAUACGGUUAAAGGAUCGUACUCAAUAGUGGAGCCUGACGGUUCCCUUCGUAUCGUGGACUAUGCGGCCAACGACCAUACCGGCUUCAAUGCAGUCGUGAAGAAGGUCGGACCCACCGUACAUGCUCAUGCACCAGUACUACCAAUCAAGCCAAUCCUACCUCUAUCGACGCCAGUUCUACCAGUAGCUCCUCUAACAUCAAUCAUAGGCCCAGUAAACUAUGGCUUCGGUGCCACACCCAUUGUUGCCAACCUACCGAAACUAACAACUCUGGGACAAUGGAGUCUCCCAUGGGAUCCUUUCACGCACUCCUAUGGAGGAUGGGUUCCCUUAGGCGGAUCUGUGUUAGACAAGCCGCACGUCACCAUAUACAGUCGCAAAUACGUUGAUGGCAAAGUGCACAAAUGGACGACUGGGCCGAUUCCACUGUACGGUAGAACAUUAGUUUUGCAAAAGAAACAUUGA